GAAGGUCCGAAUUGUGGUUUUGUUGGGUGGGUUGACCCAGAGUGGCCUCCCACAAUGCACAAUGCAUUGUUGAAGCUGUGGGAAAUGUUUGAAGAUAGUAGGAGUGCUAAGAGGAAGGAAGACAGGGUGCUAGAUUUCAGCUAUGUGCAGGCUAAGAUGCAGGGUGCUGAGGACAGGAUAGCUGAGGUUACCAGUGCAGCAGUGGCUGGCAUGAAGACUGAGAUGGAGAAGAAAGAGGCAGAGAACUUGAAGCUGCAAGAGAAGUAUGCAGUGCUUAUGAACCUGGUAGAAGCUCGAGGCAGUGUCAUUAGGAACCUGAAGAUGAAUCAUUUAGAGGAGAAGGAAAAGCUAAGUGAAGGCAACAUCAACUUCAAGGUUCAGGUUGAUGAGCUCACCAAGUCUGUGAAAAAGUCACUGAAGAGAAUGUGCAGCUGA